AUGUCUUUUCUUUGCAGGGCAGGCAUCUCCACCGCCACUCGCUCCACACGCGCCGUCGUCCAGAAGCGCUUCGGCUCCCAUGCCGCUCACGCCGGCCCUGAGGCCCCUCCUACCCAGGAAGGUUUCACCUCGGGCGGAUUCAAGAUCACCUUGAUCUCCAUCGUUGGCUUGAUCGCCUGGUCCCGCAUUGACGAGCACCUCACCAGCCAGGGCGAGGAGAAACACCCCUUCACCCGCUACAUUGAGUACUACAUGCGCUCGGAGAAGGAGUCCAACCGCAUCAACGAGAAGCACAUUGUUCUUGCCCAACAGGCCGCUGAUGAGAGCCAAUUCUACUCCGGCGCUGUCCUCCCUCCCAAAAUCCAGCUCCGUUACCCUGACUUGCUGAGCAACGCUUCCGGCAGAUCUGUUGAGGUCGGCUCCGUUGUCCCCGUCGACAACGUCAUCCCCAAGUACCACUAA